CCUGGGAUCCCCGGGAGCCCGGGCGAUCCCUGCUUGGCUUCUGCAGCUCAGACUUCGCAGGUUAGGGGCGAAUCGGGCUGAAGGCGGCUUCUUGCCUUCCUCAGCCGCUGCUUCCCCUUCCUCUUUCCCCACGUCGGUGUGGAAACACGCACUUUGCUGUCCGAGUUGAGCACCUCGGCCCGGGCUGGCUCCUGGUCCCUGCCGUCCACCCCGCGCGAGCCUCGGGCCGGCGACCUCUGCUUCCUCAGUUCCUCUCCAGGGCCGGUGGGGGUGACGGAAGGAGGGGCCCGAGCCGCGCGCAGCGCGCUGUUAAAACAGUGUCUUGCCGUAAGAGGGAGUGCAGAACCAGACCUUCCAGUUAACCACUCGGCGACUUAACUCAGCACGAGAAAGCAGCCCAGCCGCGGCUCUCGGGGCGCCGGCUGCGGACGCGACUCCUCCGCCCAGGCAGCGGCUGCAGAGGCGCCCGGCCGGGCAGGCCCGCACCAUGUGGGCCGCCAGACUCCUGCAGGCCCUGCUGCUCCAGCAAGUCCUCCUGCACCUCCUGCUGCUCCCCGUCGCCAUCCCCUACGCAGAAGGACAGAAGAAAAGAAGAAAUACCCUUCAUGAAUUCAAAAAGUCAGCAAAGACUACUCUCAUCAAAGAAGACCCACUACUGAAGAUUAAGACCAAGAAGAUGAACAGCGCGGAUCAGUGUGCUAAUAGAUGCACUCGGAAUAAAGGGCUCCCCUUCACCUGCAAGGCCUUUGUGUUUGAUAAAGCAAGAAAAAGAUGCCUCUGGCUCCCUUUCAAUAGCAUGUCAAAUGGAGUGAAGAAAGAGUUUGGCCACGAAUUCGACCUCUAUGAAAAGAAAGACUACAUUCGCAACUGCAUCAUCGGGAAAGGGGACAGCUACAAGGGCACAGUCUCUGUCACCAAGAGUGGCAUCAAGUGCCAGCCCUGGAGCUCCAUGAUCCCCCACGAGCACAGCUUUUUGCCUUCGAGCUAUCGGGGUAAGGACCUACAGGAAAACUACUGUCGAAAUCCUCGAGGGGAAGAAGGGGGACCCUGGUGCUUCACGAGCAAGCCCGAGGUACGGCACGAAGUCUGUGACAUCCCUCAGUGUUCAGAAGUGGAGUGCAUGACCUGCAAUGGGGAAAGCUAUCGAGGGCCCAUGGAUCACACAGAAUCAGGCAAAACUUGUCAGCGCUGGGACCAUCAGACACCACACCGGCACAAAUUCUUGCCAGAAAGAUACCCCGACAAAGGCUUUGAUGAUAAUUACUGCCGCAACCCCGAUGGCAAGCCCAGACCCUGGUGCUAUACGCUCGACCCCGACACCCCUUGGGAGUACUGCGCAAUUAAAAUGUGCCCUCACAGUACUAUGAAUGACACUGAUGUCCCCAUGGAAACAACCGAAUGCCUUCAAGGUCAAGGAGAAGGAUACAGGGGGACUGUCAAUUCCAUUUGGAAUGGAAUUCCCUGCCAGCGCUGGGAUUCCCAGUAUCCCCACCAACAUGAUAUAACUCCUGAAAAUUUCAAGUGCAAGGACCUGCGCGAGAACUACUGCCGGAACCCCGACGGGGCCGAGUCUCCCUGGUGUUUCACCACCGACCCAAACAUCCGCGUGGGCUACUGCUCCCAGAUCCCCAGGUGCGACGUGGCCAGAGGACAAGAUUGUUAUCGUGGGAAUGGAAAAAAUUAUAUGGGCAGCUUAUCCAAAACGAGGUCUGGACUGACGUGCUCCAUGUGGGCACGGAACAUGGAAGACUUGCAUCGUCACAUCUUCUGGGAGCCAGAUGCCAGUAAACUGAACAAGAACUACUGCCGCAAUCCUGAUGACGAUGCGCAUGGACCCUGGUGUUACACAGGGAAUCCUCUCAUUCCCUGGGAUUAUUGCCCCAUUUCCCGUUGUGAAGGGGAUACCACACCUACAAUCAAUCUAGACCAUCCUGUGAUAUCUUGUGCCAAAACGAAGCAAUUGCGAGUGGUUAACGGGAUCCCAGCACGGACAAACGUAGGAUGGAUGGUUAGUUUGAAGUUCAGAAAUAAACAUAUCUGUGGAGGAUCAUUGAUAAAGGAAAGUUGGGUCCUUACUGCAAGACAAUGUUUCCCUGCUAGGAACAGAGACUUGAAAGACUAUGAAGCUUGGCUGGGAAUCCACGACGUGCACGGCCGGGGCGAGGAGAAGCGCAGGCAGGUUCGGAACGUGUCCCAGCUGGUGUUCGGGCCCGAAGGCUCGGAUCUGGUGCUGCUGAAGCUGGCCAGGCCGGCCAUGCUGGACGACUCCGUGAGUACCGUGGACCUGCCCAACUACGGCUGCGCCAUCCCGGAGAGCACCACCUGCAGCGUGUACGGCUGGGGCUACACGGGAGCCAUCAGCGCCGACGGCCUCCUGCGCGUGGCGCACCUGCACGUCGUGGGUCCGGAGCAGUGCGCGCGGCACCACCGCGGCAAGGUCACCCUGAGCGAGGCCGAGCUCUGCGCCGGGCCCGAGAAGGGCGGGUCCGGGCCAUGCGAGGGGGAUUACGGCGGCCCGCUCAUCUGUGAGCAGCACAAAAUGCGCAUGGUCCUCGGUGUCAUCGUUCCCGGCCGCGGCUGUGCCAUCCCCAACCGCCCUGGUAUUUUUGUCCGAGUGGCCUAUUAUGCAAAGUGGAUACACAAAAUAAUCUUAACGUAUAAGGUACCACAGUCAUAGCUGAAGUGCAGGUACCUGAAGCAUCCAUUCGCACCCGACACAUUCACAGGAAGAACUCAGAGGACGUGGAGUGGAGUUGUCACCUACAACAACCCUGAAACAACUACUUGAGUGUCGUGUUGUGUUAGGAUACUCAUUAAUGCUUAUGAGUGUUUCUGUUGUUUCGUUUGUCAGUGUUAUUUUGUAAAUGUUGAAGUGAAUUAAGGUACAUGCAAGUGCAGUAACAUAACUCCUGAAGAUACUUGAAUGGAUUAAAAAUGCAAAAGGUAUAAUUGCUGGAUGAUAAAAGAUUUAAUGGACUAGAUCAGUUAAUCUCGCCAGGCUGCUUUCCAAGGUUAGUUUCUUAAUGACGAGUAAACCUAAGUUAAGCAUUAUUUUAACCUCACCCAAACAGUUUAUACCUUGUGAUCUUAAAUUGUAACUCUGUAUUAAAUUCGGUUGCCUUUCAUAUGUCAUAUGCGAUAGCUCAUUCAGUUCUGUCACUGUGUAUCCUGAAACAGUGGUAGACGAACUCACUUUUACAAAACCCCACAUCUGUUACACGUACCCGGGUACACUUGUACAGUUCAAAUCAUGGUGUAUCUAAUGUAAUCUCUCAAUACUUUAGAGGUAUGUAUCUGUAGUUUUUCUUCAAGAAGAACAGGAGAAAUUUCUGAAGAUCAGUAGAGAUGUUAAGGGCAAUUAGAAGACAGAAGUGACUAUCUUCUGUACCCAAUCUAUAGAUGACCUCUACUGGUGAUUUUGUAAACUGAGAUUAGGACCUGCAGAAUUAAAUAUUGCCUAAUCUAGGUGUUUACAUAUUUAUUAUCCUCCUUCUUUCAUGUAUUUUCUAAUUCUUAGAGGGAAGAGACUAAUACAUGUAUUUAUAUUAUUUCUUUCCUCAAACUUUAGGGUCACAUAUUUAUGCAAGAUAUUUGUUGAUCUAUGCUCCAAAGUAUUUCUUAAAUUUUCAAAUUGUAUCUAAUGUGAAGAAAUGUAAAAGUGUCUUGGUCAUUAAAAAGGUAUUAAAAUAGCUUCAUUCCAAGACUUUCUGCUGUGAUUGGAUUCUAGUUCGCACUCCUUAAAUUUAAAAUAUAUAAUAUAUAUUUAAGAGGAAAAUCUCCAUGUGCCUCCAAAAAGUUCUAUUAAUAAUCUACCAUGUUAUGCAUUAAACUAAAUAUCAGAGCAAAAAAUAAAAAUAUUUUUCUCAACCUGGAAAUAUUUUAGCAUACUAAUACUUUAUUGAAGUACAGGAAAAAUUAUACAAUGGAAGUAACUAUUUUGUCUAAAUCUGCAUUCAAUUAUUUCUUAAAUGUAGAGUUGCAUCUGCUGAAUCAGAUAUUUUAUCAAGGUAUCUUCACUUUAUCUUAUUUCGUUUAACACAGGUCUUUCCUAAUGCCAUGGGAAAUAUCCAUUUAAGUUUUGUGCUCUAUAUGGUAAUAGCCAAACUGUUCUAUUUAUUAUUCAUUCUGUUUGGCAUGACUAGCUAAUAAUCAUAUAUUUGUCAAGAAGUGAGAUUGAAAAGGAGCCAUGAAAUAGGCUCUGAAUUUUCACAAAAUCUUCUUGUAUCGACCAGGAAUAAUUUGAGUGGUUUGGAACCACUUUCCCAUUUCUCUGGCUUGGUUCUCUUAAGUCAUGAAGCCAAGGCCAUGAAUCCAAACAAUGCCCUAAUCAUUCUCCAGCGUACUGCAGCCUGGAAUAAGCUGGUUCUCAGUUUAUGGGGAGUGUAGUCCACAGAGGACAGGACAGUGAAUACAGAAAUGCUUAUGCAAAUGAUGCCAAGUUUUUGUUUUCUUUAAGAAGAUACUUUGGUAAUGAAAGAGAUGCUGGCAUUAAGAAACAUUGGAAACAAAGAGUCCCAACUAUUAAGCUACAUAUUUAUCAUACCAGUAAAAAUUUUAUAAGAAUUGCCAUACAUUAAAACACUUACAUUUAAAAAUAUUUCUUUAAUGUCAUUUUCUGUAAAACUCCAUGGAAAGAGAUAAGGAUUAAUUUAAAUGCAAGAUCCAGCUAAGUUUUUAGAUGUUUUGAACUCAGUGCUUGCCAUCUUAUGAAAGGGUAAAAAUAACAUGAAUAAAUCACCAAACAGGGUACACAAGUCAGUUCUCACCUUGUUAGGCUUAGUUUUGGAUGUAGCGCCGUGGAUAUGACUGACCACACAGGACACCCACAUUAUGUUAGCCGGGAGGACAGGGCAUAACAUCGUCAUUCCCGGCUAAAAGAUUCUAUUAGUGGGUGUUUUUCUCUGAAUAAACUACAAAAUAAUUAAAAAGUUCAGUUUAUCUAGAAAUCUCCUAUUAAUAACAUGGAAAAGGGGCCUUUUAGGUUAAAAGUUUUUGAUGCUCUGUUUCUUUUGGCUGUUUGAAUAACAGUUUUAUGAUGUUCUAAUUGUAGACAUUUUCUUACGUCUACCAGAAAUAGAAAUGUACAAUUAAAAUAUUUGUCAUAAUGCCUCUGCUGUGCAGAAGCGAUGAUAAUCUUUUUGUAUACUUCUUUAAUUUUAUUGUAAAAUGUAUAAUGACUUUUACCUGUUUGCUGCGGGCAGGUCCUCAGUGAAAGGGUUUCUAUCGAGUUGCUCUCUGGUAUUAACAGGCUCUUGCUUGUUGUCUGAGUGUUUCCAGCAACCAAAGGAGAAUGUGAAACACUGCAGGCAAGAGGCGAUUGACCAUGGCAUGUGAUAGCACAACUGUAUUUCACUUAUUCCUGUGAAUAUUUCUUGUUGGUACCAAUGGUACUGUACAAAGUGAAUGUUAUAACCACAACAUUCUCUUGAAAAGAACACUGUCAAGCAUUGAGAAAUGGCUGUCAGGCAUUUUCUUCUGGUUUCUAAACUUUUUUUAAAAAAAA